AGAGAUGUCAGGACCGAGGCCUGUGGUUCUGAGUGGCCCGUCCGGAGCAGGAAAAAGCACUCUGCUCAAGAGGCUGAUGCAGGAAUAUGAGGGAGUGUUCGGAUUCAGUGUCUCCCAUACAACCAGGAAUCCUCGUCCUGGAGAAGAGAACGGAAAAGAUUACCACUUCACCACCCGGGAGAAGAUGCAGGAGGGCAUCGAUAACGGCGAUUUUAUCGAGAACGCGGUGUUUUCAGGAAACAUGUAUGGCACCAGUAAGUCGGCCAUAGAGGAUGUUCAGGCCCAGAAUUUAAUCUGCAUUCUGGAUGUCGAUCUUCAAGGGGUUAAAAACAUCAAGCAGACGGACUUGAACCCCAUCUACAUCUCCAUCCAGCCUCCGUCCAUGGAGAUCCUGGAGCAGCGUCUCCGAGACAGGCAGACGGAGACAGAAGAGAGUUUACAGAAACGGCUGGAAGCAGCCCGUAUCGACAUGGAGCUCAGUAAGGAACCUGGCAUCUUCGACAUUGUCAUCAUUAACGAUGAUCAGAACGAAGCCUACAUGAAGCUUAAAAGUGCUCUUAUCGAGGAAAUCCAGAAGGUUCAGGAUGCUAAAAAGUAACGAAAAAGAGAAUGAAAACGGCCGUCUUCAAGCCGUCGUCUUGGGAACGGACGCAGAGACUUUCCUUCCAGCCUUCGAGCAACACAAAUCUAUUCAUUUUCCGUUUAUGAGAGAGAAACGAUCGACGUGGCACUGAAAUAAACUUAAAGCCAUACUCCAACCCGUCAUGCUAACCCUGCUGCUGAAAAACAUGAUGUACAUUAUUAACGUGAAACCAAAGUCUUAAGCAGUAGACUAUAUAAUCAUGGGUGCGGAUCAGAAUUUUAUUCUUGUCUGUGUAAAUACACAAACUACAAAAAUGCGCCUGGGUUAUGAUCGUAAUGAUGUGCUAGAAUGUUGUGGAACUAGAGGUGCUACAGUAUAAACCUCAUUUAGUCGGAUGAAUUGAAAAUAAACGUCUUAAAUGGGACUCGAAUGUUUAUCUGAAUAAAUGCGUGUACGCUGAUAC